CUGAAGGUGCCGGGGGCUGCGGGUGUAGAGCCGCGCUCUGAAGGGAAAGAUGCGGGCGCCGACGCGCCAGGCAGACCGCUGGGACCCACGCCGAGCCAGAGCCGCUUCCAGGUGGACCUGGUGGCCGAGGCGCCCCGCAGGGGCCAACGGAGAAGUCGAUGUGGCGGGAAGGGCAGCGAGGAAGCAAAGGGCCGCUUUCGGGUGAAUUUCGUCGACCCGUCGGCCGGCGAUGAGAGCCCCAGCGAACUCGGCGGUGGCGGCAGCUCGGAGGGAGCCAACGUCAGCUUCCAGAACGGCGGCGACACGGUGAUGAGCGAGGGCAGCCUGCACUCCGGCGGGCACCACCACUACUACUACGACACCCACACCAACACCUACUACCUGCGCACCUUCGGCCACAACACCAUGGACGCCGUGCCCCGCAUCGACCACUACCGCCACACGGCCGCGGAUCUGGGCGAGAAGCUGAUCCGGCCCAGCCUGGCCGAGCUGCACGACGAGCUGGACAAGGAGCCCUUUGAAGAUGGCUAUGCAAAUGGGGAGGAAGGAACGCCAGCUGGAGAUGCAGCUGCCACUUACACACCUGACAGCAAAGGGAUAGUUAAAUUUGGAUGGAUAAAAGGUGUAUUGGUACGAUGUAUGUUGAAUAUUUGGGGUGUGAUGCUUUUCAUCAGACUGUCAUGGAUUGUAGGGCAAGCUGGAAUAGGUCUGUCUGUUGUGGUUAUUGCAAUGGCCACUGUUGUGACGACUAUUACAGGACUGUCUACUUCAGCUAUAGCCACAAAUGGAUUUGUAAGAGGAGGAGGAGCAUAUUAUUUAAUUUCAAGAAGUUUGGGACCAGAAUUUGGUGGUGCCAUAGGUCUCAUAUUUGCAUUUGCCAAUGCUGUUGCAGUAGCAAUGUACGUUGUUGGCUUUGCAGAAACAGUUGUGGAGCUUCUUAAGGAAAAUGGAACACUGAUGAUUGAUGAAAUGAAUGAUAUUAGAAUCAUAGGAGCCAUUACUGUGGUUAUAUUGCUAGGUAUUUCUGUUGCAGGAAUGGAAUGGGAAGCAAAAGCACAGAUAGUCUUAUUGGUGAUCCUCAUACUUGCUAUUGGAGACUUUGUAAUAGGAACAUUUAUUCCUUUGGACAGCAAGAAGGCUAAAGGUUUCUUUGGUUAUAAAGCUGAAAUAUUUAUGGAGAAUUUUGGACCAGAUUUCCGAAAUGGGGAAACUUUCUUCUCUGUAUUUGCUAUUUUCUUCCCUGCUGCAACUGGCAUACUUGCUGGUGCAAAUAUCUCAGGUGAUCUUGCGGAUCCUCAGUCAGCCAUACCAAAAGGAACACUGUUGGCCAUCUUAAUUACUACGUUGGUUUACAUGGGAAUUGCAGUAUCUGUAGGCACCUGUGUUGUUCGAGAUGCCACAGGGAACAUUAAUAACACUAUUAUCACUGAGCUGACAAAUUGCACUACAGCAGCAUGCAAGUUAAACUAUGAUUUCUCAUCCUGUCAGAAAGAGUGUCACUAUGGACUGAUGAACAAUUUUCAGGUGAUGAGCAUGGUAUCAGGGUUUGCACCCCUGAUUUCUGCAGGCAUUUUUUCAGCUACCUUGUCAUCUGCACUAGCAUCUCUUGUGAGUGCGCCUAAAAUCUUCCAGGCUUUGUGCAAGGACAACAUCUAUCCAGGAUUUCAGAUGUUUGCUAAAGGCUAUGGGAAGAACAAUGAACCACUGAGAGGAUAUCUUCUAACAUUUUUAAUUGCUCUUGGAUUCAUACUAAUUGCUGAACUGAACGUCAUCGCUCCAAUUAUCUCUAACUUCUUCUUGGCUUCAUAUGCCUUGAUUAACUUUUCUGUGUUCCAUGCAUCUCUUGCAAAAUCUCCAGGUUGGCGUCCUGCUUUCAAAUACUACAAUAUGUGGAUUUCUCUUGUUGGAGCCAUUCUGUGCUGUAUUGUGAUGUUUGUCAUCAACUGGUGGGCCGCGCUUUUAACAUAUGUCAUAGUCCUUGGACUCUACAUUUAUGUCACUUACAAGAAACCAGGUAUGUAUAGGGGCCAUUCCUGGUUCUAUGAUUGUGCGCUACAAAUUUCAUUUUCAUUACAGACUUAUCGGCAGAUCAGGCUAAAUGAGUUGCUCAAAGAACACUCAAGUACAGCUAACGUAAUUGUAAUGAGUCUGCCAGUUGCACGAAAAGGUGCAGUUUCUAGUGCACUCUACAUGGCCUGGUUAGAAGCUCUUUCGAAAGAUCUGCCACCAAUUCUUCUCGUUCGUGGGAAUCAUCAGAGCGUUCUUACCUUCUAUUCCUAAGAUACUGCACAUGAGACAGCUGUAAGGACAUGGUACUUAAGUGCCCUGGGAAGAGUGACUGAUGUGGUCUAUAGAUUAUUAACAUCACAAAGGCAAAAAGUGACUCUUCUUUCACUAUUUCACUGACUUGAAAGCACACAAGGAAAGUCAAUGUAUUUCUAUAGUUGUGACAUCUUCAGUUUUAUUCUAUAUUUUCUGUAAUUUAAUCUUGCUUAAUGGGGGAGGAUUCCUUGUUAGACUGAAGAACAAGGCAAGCUUUUUGUUUGCUAUUUGAAUAGCAGCAAUAAAAGUGUUUUAUUUUUAAUCAAUGAAAGGAUUAUAGAUUUAUAAAAGCCUUUUAGCCUUGAGGUGCCUUCUGAAAUUAACCAAAUCUCAUCCAUACAUCCUACUUUGUAAAUUUAUAUAGAAUGUCAAAAUCUGCCUUCAACUAAGACUUUAGAUCAGACUUUCUUUAGUUUUAGUCUCUUCCAUAUUACAGUAAAGAUGAAUGCUGCUUUUUAGUCUUCCAUUGAGUUAUUAGUUCGUAGUACUGUAUGUUUUCUAUUGUCAGAAAGUUUUGUUGAUUUUUUUUUUUUAAUUAAUUAUUAUAUCUGUUAGAUUAUAAAUAAAGGCGAGAAUUGAGGCAGGUCAGUUGAACAAAGACAAAUCCUUGAUGUUGUCUUGACUUUGUUUUCCUUUAACUGUUACAAAAUUUAGCUCUGUUUCAAAAUAAAACUGUGCUGUCAGAGAGGAUCCUAUUUCUCAAAUUUGACAUUGUGCUCUUUCUUGGCGUUAGUCUGAAAUACAUAGCUAUAAAGUUAGCUAGUGGUGGUGAAGGAUGCUGUAUAAAUCCAUAGUUCUAGUAUGAAACAAUUCAUCUUACAGACUAAGGCCAUUCAUCUCCUUAAAAUUGGAAGAAAGGACCUGUCCUAGUUCCUGGCCUAUUGAUGUUUUGGUGUCACUUAGAACUUAUUUUGAAAUAAAACUCAACUUAAGGCUUAAAUGGGGAUAAUAUGAGCAACGUGAUACUAUCUAACAGAAAACAGUAAACACUAUGUGGAAUCUUGCUAUCCAAA